UUCGAAGCUUUGGUUUCAGAAGUAAAACACCAAAUCGGGGUUCGAUUUUUUGUUUUAGUUCCACAAAAGAUGGCGGACCGGUCUUCUGCUGGCUCUCAAAAAGCUAGCGCUAAGGCGUUGCUUGAGAGCAAACUGAAGUCUUUCAGUAUUGGAAAAAUGGCAGUUGCCAAGAGGACGCUCAGCAAGAAGGAACAGGAUGAAAUAAAGAAAAAAGAGGAUGAGCGAGCAGCAGCUGAGAUUUACGAGGAGUUUCUUGCUGCUUUUGAGGGAGGAGGUGAAGGCAAAGUCAAGGCGUUUGUCCGCGGUGGUCUUGCAAAUGCAUCAAAGGAGGAAGCAGCUUCUGAUGACAAGAAGGGCAAGCUGUAUAAACCCAAGUCACGUUUUGAGCCACCACCAAAAAGCUUCUUACCGUUAGAAACUCCGCCUCAGUUUUUAGCAUUGGACAAAAGACACGCACAGAAGAAAAGUAAUGAAAAGGAAAAGAAGAAAAGCAACUUGGAGCUCUUCAAAGAAGAACUUAAACAAAUACAAGAAGAGAGAGAUGAGAGACACAAGAAUAAAGGACGCGUCAGUCGUUUUGAACCUCUCCCGGGCAUGGAGGGACGCAGAUCAUCGGAUGGUUCUUCAAGAAGAAACCGUCCGUCCAGUGUUUUGGAUGAUUGUGCACCAGGAUCACACGACGUCGGUGACCCGUCCACUACAAAUUUGUAUCUUGGCAACAUUAAUCCACAGAUGAAUGAGGAGAUGCUAUGUCAGGAGUUUGGACGGUAUGGCCCGCUGGCCAGUGUGAAGAUCAUGUGGCCAAGGACAGAUGAGGAGAGGGCGCGGGAGAGGAACUGUGGCUUUGUGGCUUUCAUGAACAGGAGGGAUGCUGAGCGAGCACUCAAGAACUUAAAUGGCAAGAUGAUUAUGAACUUUGAGAUGAAAUUAGGAUGGGGCAAAGGUGUGCCCAUUCCACCCCACCCCAUCUAUAUCCCUCCUUCCAUGAUGGAGCACACACUCCCUCCUCCUCCGUCUGGCCUUCCCUUCAACUCCCAGCCCCGGGAAAGGCUAAAGAACCCCAAUGCUCCCCUGCUUCCUCCACCCAAAAACAAGGAGGAGUUUGAGAAGACUCUGUCGCAAGCCAUAGUCAAAGUGGUUAUCCCAACAGAAAGGAAUUUACUCUCUCUCAUCCACCGAAUGAUCGAGUUUGUGGUGCGUGAAGGCCCAAUGUUUGAAGCCAUGAUCAUGAACAGAGAAAUAAACAACCCCAUGUACAGGUUUCUAUUUGAGAACCAGAGCCCAGCACAUGUAUACUACAGGUGGAAGCUCUACACCAUACUACAGGGUGAAUCACCUGCCAAAUGGCGAACAGACGACUUCAGGAUGUUUAAAAAUGGUUCUUUGUGGCGUCCUCCUCCUCUCAACCCCUACCUCCACGGCCCGUAUGAUGACGGUGAAGAAGAGGUGGAAGAAGAGGAGGCCAACAAGAAAGGCUGCUUGAAAGAAGAAGAGCGAGACAAAUUUGAAGAGAUUCUACGUGGAUUGACUCCCAGGAGAGGUGACAUAGCAGAAGCCAUGCUGUUUUGUCUCACUCACGCUGAUGCUGCUGAAGAGAUUGUCGAAUGCGUCACAGAGUCUCUGUCCAUUCUCAAGACCCCUCUUCCCAAAAAGAUUGCACGGUUGUAUCUAGUUUCCGAUGUGCUUUACAACUCUUCUGCCAAAGUAGCGAAUGCAUCUUACUACAGGAAAUAUUUUGAGACAAAGCUCUGCCAGAUUUUCUCAGACCUCAACGCCACGUACAAAACAAUUCAGGGCCACCUUCAGUGUGAGAACUUUAAGCAACGGGUGAUGUCGUGUUUCCGGGCAUGGGAGGACUGGGCUGUAUAUCCAGAUGCCUUCCUCAUCAAGCUUCAGAACAUCUUCCUGGGCCUAGUUAACCUCUCUGCAGACAAAGAAUCUGCUGUCCCCGUAGUGGAGCCUGAGCCCGCAGAAGACAUCGACGGCGCCCCAAUUGUAGAGUACAUCGAUGGAACUCCCCUGGAGGACGUGGAUGGAAUUCCUAUUGAUGCACUGCCCAUUGACGGAGCGCCAAUUGACAGCGCUGCCUUGGAAGACCUCGACGGUGUUCCUAUCAAGCAAAUAGACGAUGACCUAGAUGGAGUACCAUUGGAUCAGUCCAAGGAAGCAACUUUCAAGGUGGCACCCUCCAAAUGGGAAGCGGUGGAAGAGGCAGAGUUGGCAUCUCAAGCUGUGACGACCUCAAAGUGGGAGGCUUUUGAACAUCCAGAAGAAAAUAUAAGGGACGAAGAGGAGAGUGACGAGGACGGGAGCCCUCGCUCAGAGGAAAAUCGGACUUAUUCCAACCCCAUCCGAGAUGACACGGAUGUUAAAGUCAAGAUGUCUGAAAUGAAUGAGGAGAAGCGCACAAAGCUGAGAGAGAUAGAGGUUAAAGUCAUGAAAUUCCAGGAUGAGCUGGAGUCCGGAAAAAGACCCAAGAAGUCCGGUCAGAGUAUCCAGGAACAGGUUGAGCACUACAGGGACAAGUUAUUACAAAAGGAAAAAGAAAAGGAAAAACUUGAACGGGAGAAAGAGGAGAAGAAAGAGAAGGAAAAAGCUGAGGCACGAUUAAAGGACUUGAAGAAAGAAAAAGAAGACACACCCACCAGAAAAGAAAGAUAUUUGUCCCCUCCGGUUGAUAGGAAGCGGCGUCACAGUGGGUCACCCAGCCCAACACGCAGUAGCAACAAACGAGGGCGGUCAUCCUCGCCUCGUUCAGAAAGAUCUGAACGCUCAGACCGCUCGUACCCGAAAGACACGUCCUCCCGCUCCUCGCAUAAAGACUCCCCACGGGCCAGCAAAAAGUCCUCCAAGAGAUCUCCCUCGUCACCACGCACACCCAAACGAUCCAGGAGGUCGCGCUCCAAGACACCCAAGAAAUCAACAAAGAAGUCCCGCUCUAAAUCGAGGUCACCUCACCGUUCUCACAAAAAGUCAAAGAAAAGCAAACACUGACACGUCGUCUCUUCUGAACCAGUCAUUUUCGUUUGUCUCUUCGUCCCUGGUCUUUCUCUGCGAUGUGUGAUGGAGUGACGUGGCAGCUGUCGUCUGCCUAAACGGUCACGUACAACACAGGAAGAGUGGAGGGUACUGCAUGGGUUAGUAUCCCAUGUCAAAUGAUGGGGCCACUGAUGUUUUAUAUUGUAAAAACAAAAACGUUUGUCAUGACCCUCCCCACCCCCUGGAAUUAUUCCAUGACAUAAGCCACACCUGUACAGAGUGUGAUGACAAUAGUCUUAUCAUGCUGUCAUUUUUUGUUUUUGUAGUUCAUAAAAAAAAAAAAUCCUUAAUAAACAAGUGUCUUAUUUC